UGGACGAUGCAACGCUAUCUCACCAGUUUUUCGUAGGUGUAUAGUUGUUUUGUCCAAUUGUAAAAUAUAUCGUAAUACUUCAAAGACGACUUUCACCCCUACCCAAUUUCUUCGUCGCCUUAUCAGCGUGAUUGUGCGUAGUCCGUUCUUCGGUGUGCACUCGAUCGACGGUCGUUCGUUAUCUACUUGGUUGUUGUAUUCGUAUUUCGUUUACUGAUUGCCGUUGCCAGUUGCCACUCGUGCACGACUGUCUGUUCUUCUGCCCUCGUCAAUCGACAGUCGACGUUUCAGUGGCAUCAAACUCGUAACGUGCGACGCCGCCGGAAAACAAUAAUCGUGUCGUCGCAACAAUAAAUUCGUUUUCGGCGGCGGUGGUCAUCGAAGAGGAAUGAAAUAAAAGUAAGCAGAAUAGCAGAAAAUAAAAAAAAUCUUCUUUAAAAAAACUUGUCGACGGACGCACUUUUGAUACCAUUUCACAAAUUUCAUUGCGACGGAGUUCCGUUGUUGCUCCGUCAGCGCAUUUGUAUGUAUGUAAUAUUUGAAGGAACGGGUAACGAAAAAAAUAAACCACAUACCCGUAACCUGUUGGUGCGUUGUAGUAUGUGCCCUAAGGUCAGUUUCCUUCAGACAUGUCUAGCACUAAACACGGUAUGAGGUGCGACCCAUAAACCCUCUAUCAUACACGUACGCACUGUACAAAUCAUAGCACCGAACUGUUCUACUUGGUAUCUUUCACUUGACGGCAAGUAAACAAUGUUGACGCUGUUCAGCAACGCCUACAACUACACUGCUUCAAUUACGGUCGGCUACAUUGGGGUGGAUGUUGAUUUGUGGCUUUGGAUGACAUGGCUGCUUUGGCCACUCAUUGUGACGUUCCUGUUGCCACUCACCAUCGUACUAUUAUUUUACAUUACUGGUGUUAUACUCUACGUCUAUAGACUUCACAGGGAAAGACUUAUAAAUGCAUAUGAAAAUAAUUUUUGGGAUGGUGCAUUGAAAACUGUAGCUGCAUUAUGGGAUGCCCAUGGUUGGAUUUGGCAUGGAUAUGAAGUAAAUGGCCUUGAAAAUGUGCCUAUUGAUAGUCCCGCUUUGUUAGUAUAUUAUCAUGGCGCUAUUCCUAUAGAUCUAUAUUACAUGAUUUCUAGAAUAUAUUUGAUCAAGGCAAAAUUAGUUCAUACUGUAGCUGAUCAUUUUCUGUUUAAAUUACCAGGCUGGUCAAUAAUAUCUGAACCAUUAAAAGUAAUACCUGGUACAGUACAAACUUGUUCAGACAUACUAAAAGAAAACAAUCUUUUAGCAAUCUCUCCUGGUGGUGUUUAUGAAGCUCAAUUUGGUGACAGGUAUUACAGACUUAUGUGGAAAAAGCGAUUUGGUUUUGCUAAAGUAGCUAUAGAUGCUAAAGUACCUAUUAUACCAAUAUUCACACAAAAUAUUCGUGAAGCUUUUCGUUGUAUUGGUAUUGGUCGUCGAUUCUGGUUGCGCAUAUAUUUAUGGACCAGGUUGCCUAUAGUACCAAUAUAUGGAGGGUUUCCCGUCAAACUAAGAACUCAUAUUGGUAAACCAAUUCCAUAUGAUCCAGAUUUAUCAGCCGAAGAUUUACAAAAGAAGGUGGCAUGUGCAAUUGAAGAAUUAAUAUGUCAACAUCAAAAAGUUCCUGGUAAUAUACUAAGGGCUCUCUGUGAACGUGUUUAUAACCCUUUAAGCUGUAGUAAGAAGAAAACAUGACAUUACGCUUUACUUACCAAUGAUGGGAAAGUUUAAACUAAUUAUCCCGGUAUUUAGACUGUGUUGUGGUACAUUGUAAUGUAUAAAAAAAAAUGUAACCGACUUCUUUAUAGUAUAAUUUAAUUGAUGAGAUCUUAAUUUAUUUUAAGUAU